AUGCCUUCGUUGCCCAAGCACCUUGCACCGUCUUCCGUCCGAAUCACACUCACCACGAGGCAGCGGCCAGCCGUUAGAAGCUUAGCUACUUUAUCGCCCGCCACCAUCGCGUCGAGGAAUCACAAAGUUGUCGUCAUUGGAAAUGGCUCAGCUGGUGUCGCGGUCAGCCAUCAACUCUUACAGAAGGGGCAGUUUACCCAGGACGACAUUGCGGUCAUCGAUCCGGGAACAUGGCAUCAUUACCAACCGGGUUGGACGUUGGUGGGUGGGGGCUUGAAUAGCAAACAGAACUUCAGAAGACCAAUGAGCGAACUUGUCGAGCCCAGGAUCAGGUUCUACAAUCACCAUGUCGGGGCUAUCCACCCGCAAGACAACUACUUGUCGCUAAAAGAUGGAGACAGGAUCCACUAUGAUCAACUCGUCAUCGCACCAGGCAUCAAAGUUGAUUAUGGUAGCGUAAAAGGCCUUUGUGAGGCUAUGAACAAUCCAGACAGCCUUGUAGCGUCUAUAUAUAGCUACGAACACUGCGACAAAGUCUUCCGAGAUAUCCAGCGCUUCAGAAAAGGCUCGGCCAUCUUCACGCAGCCUUCCGGGUUAGUGAAAUGUGCGGGCGCACCCCAAAAGAUCAUGUGGCUCGCCUUGGAUCACUGGAGGCGGGCAGGCUUGUUCAGCGAUAACUCACAGCAGUCCGCGAUCAAGACGACUUUCGCUACGGGACUUCCCACCAUGUUCGGCGUACCGAAGUAUAGCGCCAAACUGAACGAAUUGCGAAAAGAGAGAGGAGUUGUAGGACUCUUUGAACAUAAUCUUGUCUCUAUCGAUGGAAACACUGCCACUUUCGACCGACCGAACAGUGAACAGCUAGUGAAGCAACAUUUCGACUUUCUCCAUGUUGCGCCCAGGAACAUCUCGCACUCAUUCAUCAAAGAGAGCGGCCUUGGCAAUGAAGCGGGCUUUGUAGAUGUUGACCAGCAUUCACUUCAGCACAAGACAUUCAAAAACAUAUGGUCACUUGGUGAUGCGGCGAGUCUGCCAACAUCGAAGACUGUGGCUGCGAUCACAUCUCAGGCGCCCGUUGUCACGCAGAACCUCUUGCUCGGGCUGCAAGGGAAAGAACCGCAGUCUGAAUACGACGGCUACACAUCAUGUCCGCUUUUGACGGGCGACAAGAAGGUGCUUCUUGCGGAGUUCAAGUACGGUGCUGUGCCGAAGGAGACGUUUAACAAUUGGUUCGGAAUUGACCAAGCGGUUCCUCGACGUGCGUUCUAUCACUUGAAGAAGGAUUUCUUUCCUUGGGUCUACGAUAGAUAUCACGUGAAGGGCGAAUGGGGUGGGCCAAAGGGCUGGAUCAGGUAG